AUGGUUAAUAAUAUUUAUACUGAUAGAUCGGGUCACAUGAGUUGCGGAGUUUGGUCAUCAACCAAAGGAAAGUGGUGGUUUGACCAAGGAGAUAAUGCAGAGGAAUUCUGUUGUUUAAUUUCUGGUAAAGUAAGACUUGUUGCUGAUGGAGAAAUCUCGGAAGGUGUUCAAGAAUUUAGUGCUGGUGAUGCUUUCAUCAUUCCAGUUGGAUUCAGAGGUACUUGGGAAACAGUUGAGGAUGUAAAGAAGUUUUAUUGUGUUUUUGAAAAGAAGGUUGCCAACUCUAGUGUUGUUCCACACCCAACCUCAAGCACAGAAAGUAAACUCUAA